GCAUGAUAAGAUUGCAGCGUAGAUGGACGGAUGGAUGGAUGAAAAACUUUAUUAGGGUCCUUUAGGGCGCGCACUAGCGCGCAGCGGGCCGCUCCUACGUCGGGACAGAGAGGCCGAGUCUCUCCGCCGCGUCGCGGGCCCGUUGGACAGCCCAUAACUGUUCUUCGAGGUUGGGGCUGUGUAGGACCGCAUCCCAGCGUGAAGAAGUGUUCCUUUCAUCGCCGCGUAACGCCGGACAUUGCCAGAGUAUGUGAGGAGGUAUCUGCAAUGGCCGCCACGAGCCGGGUCGACGUCCGCGCGGUCGUCGACGAGGCGGUCGCGUCUCGAGCCGAGGCCCUGCAUGCCGUGGGUCGCUUCCUGUGGGAGAACCCGGAGACGCGCUUUGAGGAGCACAAGGCGCACGACACGCUGUGCGCCUUCCUCGAGAGCGAGGGUUUCGACGUGCGGCGACAUCACGUCCUGGACACGGCCUUCCGCGCGGAGUACGGGGCCGGUUCUCCCGUGGUGGCGCUUCUGUGCGAGUACGACGCCCUACCCGGCCUUGGUCACGCCUGCGGUCACAACCUGAUCGCUGAGAGCGCACUCACCGCCGCGGUCGCAGCGAGAGAGCUCCUCCGACAGAGCGAGUUGUGCGAGGCACCGGUAAAGGGAAAGAUAGUAGUGCUGGGAACGCCCGCUGAAGAAGGUGGCAUGGGCAAAGAGCUGCUGCUGCGUGCCGGGGCACUGGACGAUGUCGACGCCGCGCUCAUGGCGCAUCCUGAGAACAGGGCAGUCCUGCGACUCCACCUGUCGUCAAGAUGCGGAGUAAGCAUGAUCUUCGACACCGUCGAUGUUCCGGACGGGGAACGGCAACCCAGCGCCAUGGACGCCUCUGUGCUCGCUUAUCACAAUAUGUCCCUCCUGAGGGCUAGUAUGGACCCGGAUUGUCGAAUGCACGGUGUGCUGAAAACCGAGACGGCGACCGGCUUCGACGUGCGCCGCAGCCGGCUCGACCUGAACGUCCGGGCGCCCAGCACCGAGCGUGUCCUGCAGAUGCGGUGUGACAUCGAGGCCUGCGCGAAGGCGGCGGCCAAGGCCACGGGCUGUCACCUCAACAUCGUCGAGAUGGGGCCGCUCUGCAAGCACAUGAACUACAACGAAUCCUUGCUGAGGAUAUUCCAGAAGCACGCCGACGACUACGGAAUGACCUUCAACGAUGGUCCGUUGAUAACGGGCUCCACCUCCGACGUGGGCAACGUGUCUCAUCGGCUGCCCACCAUCCACCCCGUGUACCGCAUCGAGUCAGCCACCUUCAACCAUACGACAGAGUUCUGCCGCGUCGCCGGCACGAGGAAGGCGCAGGAAACAGCGCUGCUCAUCGGGAAGAUGCUGGCGCUCACAGCCUUUGACCUGCUGUGUGAGCCCCGUCACAUCGAAUGUGCAAAGAAAGAGUUCGACAGAUGUGCUGCGCUCGUCGUAUGAACCGUGCGCUAUUUCACUGCAUCAGUUCGUCCGCAUUCGGUAUCUAUACGGAGUAAGGUGUGGAGAGAUAGAAACAACAAUGAUAGUCAUUGGAUUUGUUUUUGUUUUGUCAGAAGCAUAUGCUUCAAUGCAGUGAGGUUCGGCAGUUCGAUAUGACGUCACCACGAGACCACGGGAAUCUCUAGCUGUUAUCUCUAGGUAAUAUGAGGUGUCGGGAUCCACAAUCACCGCACGCAAGGUCUUUUUUGUUUGGAGCCGUAGCGCCACACGAGUGGACUGACAAUAGAUAUACGAUUAGGUAGAUACGGCUACUGUCUACUAACCGAGCAUGUAGCGUUCCUGCUUUUCCCGCACUAUGUUUGGUAAUGAAGAAAUUCCGGCAUGACCCAUCUCACAAUAUAUAUCGAUGUGAACGCGAUUAACAUUCAAACAAUGUAGUGACACGCCGUAUUGCCACCCGCUGAAACGCGUCAUGUGGGAGCUAUAUGUACUGGAAUCGGGCUCCUAUCUCGAUCUUUCUCCUGGACACGCUCACUGCGUCAUCUAACGGCGCGCCCGCGAAGUCUUCCACCUUUCGCGUGGCCCCCGAGAUUGUACCGGUAGUGCGCCGGUGCGUCGUAACGCUAAGGAAUAAUCACUCGCUGCCCGCGGCCAUUCGUGGGGAUGCGCUAAAGCGUCGGGGUGCUGUGCUUGAGGAACCCGGCUAAUGUCGGUUUGACUCCACCGAGGAGCGGAGGAACUGUAAAGAAUUUUUAAAGCAAUUAGCAUUUUUAACCUACCUAAGCCACUUUGCGCGCAUAUAAAUAAUGCUAUGUAGCCUCUUUACGUCGUUCUUCAAUUACAAAAAAAAAAUUAUCUAAAUUUCUCUGGUGUUGGGGAAUUCGAACUCACGUUACUCGUGUUCCUCAAGCACAACGACUCAAGGAUUUGGCUCUGCACUGCGAAAACGCGUGGACCGGGAGGGAUUACUUCUCGAUGUUCGAAUGCACCGGCACGCUACCGGUGCAGUUUAGGCACACCGCUAGAUGGCGUCGCGAGAAAGCGUGAGAGGGGAAUACUGGCUACGAGUUCACGGCUUAUUUUAACGCGACAGCGUUAAGGAGCUCGUGUCGCAGAAAAGCCGGUGUCGCUGGCGUCGGCGUCGUCGCCGCUGGCCGUGAGCGAUAAAUCCCAGCAGGCACUUCAUGAAUAAAAAACAACUUGCAACAUGGGCUGGGUGGGAAUCGAACCAGGGUCUCCGGAGUGUGAGACGGAGACUCUACCACUCAGCCACGAGUUUUUCUUUCUUUAUUGCCUCACUCAGCCACGAGUUCGAUGCUUCAAAGCGGUACAAAAGCGUCUCUAGUGAAUGCGGUGUUGCCUUAGAAACGAGCUGUUUCUAAGGCUCAGGCGUGCGUCGCUUGCUCAGGCGCACAUUUCGAUGCCGCGCCGAACGCGGCGCUGCUCGACGCUCACCGCGUCCGAUGCGCGUAGUCGCUGCGCCGUAGCCCACUGUCUUACACCCCUUGGCGGGUCGACGGGAACGCUUUCGCGUUCCACUCUUGAAGGCGAAGCAUAAGCGUCCUCCAAUUUUUUUCACUCCAUAAUCGUUAUUUUAACGUGACAGCAUAGAGAAAGAAAAAAAAGUUAAGAGCGGACACUCCCAUAUACCCACAGCGGCCCAAUCGAACCUAGCGCGCCUGGCGGUUGAUGAGAGCAACUGGCCUGCACUUCCUGUUUCGGUUUCGCUGGCGCGAAAUUUGGAUUACCCCUCGUAACCGACGUUGGGCGGUCGCAGAAGCUUGUCAUUUCAGACCACUUUUCGUCACCCAAAUGGCAACCCUUUAUUUGUCGCUUUGAUUUAGCGAUUCACUCUUUUGUCUAGUUCAAUAUUUGGUGUGAAUUGAGGUAGUGACGCAAUUUUUAUUUCGAUUAAGUUGUAACAGAUGGACAUAGAGGUAAUCAUAAUUCACUACGGCUUUAUCCAUCGCGCUUGUCUUCUGUGUUUGGUACAAGCGCUCAUAUGUAUCAAAGAGACAGAGUUUCCGCAAUGUUUUUAUUCCAAGUCAAGAUAGGCUUCUUCUGGGUUCUGCCGUUGUCAAAGCACCACGACACACAGCAGUAGCUGCCGUAGCUUGGACCGCCGGACGGCAUGGCAUCAGCACGGUCUGAAAAUAUCAAUAAGUCCACGCUUCAUUAAUUACCAAAAACAUAUGUACACGUCAUAACUGUACCAGGAAACCGCUUUGAGUGAAUAGCGAACCGAUGCACAAUAUAAAACCACCGACACAUCCUGACCUCUGACCCAUAUAACCCGGACUUACAAGGAUAAAUAUUAAUACCCCGUACAGGGGUGUUCAAAAGUUCCCAGGCCGCCAUCCUAUUUAAUCUCAUGGAGGGCAUCGCGGCCUGUGAAGUUUUGGACACCCCUGUACGUACUCAGUAUAAGUACAUUGGUAGGCAAAAUAGCAGUUCACAUAAGCGUGAUGAAGAUACAUUCGAAACGUCCAAAUACGAGGCCUUUGUUCAAAUGCGCGCCACGCCACGCCUACGCGACAAUACGUUGUGCAAUGUCUUCGCCACGAAAAAAAUGAUAAGGAACCGAAAAUUACUAGAAUGCGCAGUACUUCCCAACACGGCCGCCGCAAUAAGUACAUGCAGUAGUCAUUGGUGACUUUUCCCCACCAUUACUUUUCUGUUAAACAAUCCGCACGGACGCAUACACCAGCGUCCGUCCGUGCGCCGUAGAUACGCACCUCGCUAAAGUACCAAACGCAAUAAGCUAUGCUCGGUGUUUAUGUCACAUGCCAUUGUUUGCAAGCAAUAUCGUUAAAAUAUUCAGGAGCCCUUACUCUAUAAGGGAAACGAACAAGCAAAACUUGGCUACAGCGUGCCUAACGUCCUGCUUUCUUUAUUUAGGUAGCGCCCGUCCCCGGAACGCCGUUUUCCGUCUGAAUCAGCGUGGCGUCUUUUAUGUUCUUUCCAGCGUUCGUCAGCCUCUAGAACGGGCCAACGAAAAGACCGUCAACCGUGACGCGAUCAUUUAAACGCGGUUUAGGAAUUCAAUUUUCUCGAAACCGGAAUUUUCCUGAAAUGUGCAAUUCAUGAUAUUGACCUUAAGCGUUGUCCAGCAGAUCAAUUCUAAUCUGCCAACACGAACUAUUUCAAUGGAACGCCGAUACCGCGGUUAUCGCAAACAGCGCUGGGCAAGAACGGUUUACCCUCGCAAACCGAGACGCAGCGCCUCGAUGGCGUCUGACAAGCUGCGAGUCGCAGUGCAGUGCACAGCCGUGAACCGGUGCGAGUUAAUGGCAGCUUCGCCUCGUUUGAUUAUUUUCACGGAACGCAACCAACAAAGAUUAUGCCGUUCUCGGUGGGGAUAGCAAGGAAGUACAGCUAGUACAGCACUCUUGCUACGCGUUUCUUGAGGGGGCAUGCUUUUCGCAUUGUUCGCGUCUAGCCGCCUCAUAUAGAGCCGCAAACUGUUUUUUUUUUAGCGAACCUCUUUGCGCUCACAAGUAAAUUACUCCAAGCUUCGCUUAAAAACGUGACUCACCUUUCUCACACACAAGAACACCGCCGCAGCCGACGUUCACGAGACGUUCCCGCUGGCACGCCGCUGGUGUCGUUGAUUUCUUCUCGAUGGACGAAUGGUGAUUGGUGUUGAUGGCAGUACGAAUGAAGAACAAAAAGCACGGAAGGUGUCCAUAGAGAAAGAAAUUAGGUGUCUUCGAUAAAUUCUGUUUUUAUGUAUCAGAAACACGCCAAAUUUGGGUGUAUUAUUAUUAUUUUGUAAAGCGAUUGAGCAGAAUUCAUUGCAACAUUUUCUUUUUUUGCGCCUGCGUCCCCUGGCGUUUGGUGAGAGCAUUAGUUCGUUACGUAGCCGUGACGUAGUUCCUGAGGCCAGAUUUCUCGGAGUGUCCGCUCUUAGUCUUUUUCUUUCUCUAUGGUGACAGCUUUAACGACCGCGUGUCGCAGAAAACAUGGCCUCAGACGUAGCGAAAGGCGAAAAGAAUUUCGAAGCAAAUGCCGAACCACGCAUACCCAGCCACUCCUCUACCACCAAAGUUGCUCAUAAUUUGUCUUUCAUUCUUUACAAAGUUAUUCCUCGGAAUUUCGAGAACGGCAGCCCACAAACAAAUGUGAUGAAAAAAAAAAAAACACCGACAGCGCAUGUCCUUUAUGUUAGCUCUUCUCAGAGUGAAAUAUUAAAAGUGAGAAACAAUAACGGGAGAUCGACCGCCGGAAGAGGCCGCGUUUCUGUCAGAAAGCUCGCCUUUUCGUGCAUAGCGCUCGCAGCCAGCGUUUCCCGGUAAAUGUUACGGUUACAUAAGCUGCAAUUGCCGGGAAGCAUGAAAAGAAGUGAGGGGUCUUCGGACGCUAUCGCGUUCCGCUCUUAAAGGCGAAGCUUAAGCGUCCUCCAAAUUUUACACGUCGCGUUUAAGCGGUGGCAAACGGUGAGUUUGUACAGUUUCUUGAAUGCUAAUUGCAGUAACGCCCACAGCCAUAAUGAUAAGGGUUCUGCCGAAAUUUUAUUAUAAUUGAAGAGCGGCGUAAGGAGGCUAGAUACACAUAUCCAUUCAUAAGCAUGUAACUCAGUUUUUUCAAUUUUAUGUUUAGUUUAUGUUUAGUAAACUUCUGCUUACGUUUUUUGUACUAAAAAAGUUAUUGUUAUCGCGGUGCCAUGUAUAACGCCUCCUGGGUCCAGUCAAGGUGCUGACGGCAGCUUUUAGCCCGGGAGGACGUUUCUAGUCUGUACUAGAAGAAGAAUAAACUUGAACUUGAACUUGAACUUGAACUUGAACUUGAACUUGACAGACAUACAGACAAACACGAAGUGGCGUAAGUAGGCUAAGAAUGCUAAUCGCAUUAAAGGUCCAACCCGCUUGAGUUGACACUGCGGCUCCAAACGCACAUGCCUUGUGUGAGCUAGGUAGUAAUAGUUCCACUGUGUUAUUUCUUUUACGUUCAUCUUACCUGGUUUGGCAGCGACAGCUUUUAUAUGAGCGCAUGACUGGUGUGUUCUUCAUGCGCGAUUUCAUGCAUCAUCGGAUUUCUCCCAAGUAGCCUGCUACGCGAGCAAGCGAGCAAACUUAUUUAGAUAUCAUUCAAGAGCCGCUCUCUGUUCCGUGGGUUGAACUUUGCCGAAAUUUUUGUCAACAAGGUUUUUGCACGAUUCAAGCAUACGCAUGAAUCCCCGUAAGGUCGUCGCAGCUUUACCAAGGACGGAUGUAUACAGUCGGCCGCCGCCGCAGCGAAAGAAGUUCGUUAGUAAUUGAAAAUCUCGAGUAAAGAAUCGAAUAAUGCCUUAUUCAAUUCGAUCUUCGACUCGAAUAGCCAGUAUUCGUAAACGGGAAUAAUUUUCUAAUAAUGUUGAAUAGCGUAAAUCAUCUAGUGUGUCCAAUCAAGCAUAAAAUUGGGGCAAAAGUACGAUUUAUUUCAUCUCGGUGGCCAAAGUACUAUAGACAUAAAACGCGAGCAGUUGUGUAUUAGCCCAUCUGUACGUCCUCCUGUUGCCUAUUUGACCGCGGAAGUUUGAGCUGUGCCCUCUUACGUGUGACGUCAGCUGGGGGGACUACGCGUGCUCGCUACGCCAGGGCUGGUUGACGUGGCCGGUUGACCUGCCUUGCUAGGGUUCUUGAAAACUUAAACUGCAGGUUUGUGGUACAGUAUGCACGGAAUAUUCUAGAACACUGUUCCCCGCGAUACCCAUCAGAGUCGUCGUCGGAACUAUACGCUUAGUAUGGAUUGCUCCUGGUGUCGUCUUCUAUUUGUCAAUCUGUAAAUGUGUUGUACGGCGUGGGCGUCUUGUCAAGACUGUUCCGUGGUUGUAGUGCGCUGAUAACGACUUGUAUUUUAUUUUGUGACGACGACAAUAAACUGCAGCAUUUGGCUUUCGGCUGCCGAGUCUGCGCUGUAAUACA